AUGGCGACUUACGGGUCUCAAAUUCAUGACAUCCCCAUACGACUUAUUGGCGACGAGAGUGCUUUCGAAAGAGCCGUAGAAGCCAUUUAUCCGAAUGGUGUCACGUUUACAUAUCACAGAACAGGGACUGCCGCUUCGCCAUGGCCAGUAUGCAAUGUUCAAGCGAAUUCAAGCACUGGACCAGCCGAUCUCGUCAAGCACCUCCAGGACGCUGAGGUUAUCAUGAAGGAGUGA